AUAAUUUAGAAAUACUCUCCCACUAGUUAAAGUCCUGUAUUAUACACGCAUUUACAUUAUACGCAUAUGACAUAUAAAUAUUUUACAAAUACAGGUAUGCAAAGGUAUUUUCACCUGUCACUUUUUAGAGAAAGUAAUUCUUCAUGAAUUAAAUCAAGAACUCAUUACUCAUUAAGCAGAAUUGACCAGUGCAUCAUAUUUUUAUUUAUUUGAAUGUAACACUUAUUAUUAUAAUAUGUACAUACUAAAAUACUACUACUUUUUUACCUUAUAUUUUAUAUUCCAUGCUAUACUAUGUUAAUAUAUUAUACUGUAGAACUGCAUAAUGUAGGCUACAAUAUUAUAUAUAUGUAAAUACAAGGCAUUUUUUAUGUAAAGCGAAUUUCAAAUAUUUUUAUAGUAAUACAAACACAAGUAUUAUUACUCAUAUUGUACAUUAUUUUAUUUAAUAUUUCCCUAUUUUUGAACUGUAGAAAAACAUGAAAUACUCGAGUGGGUGGGCUAUAACUAGCUUGAUAGUGUACUUAGUACUACUGCGCUCUCAUUAGCUUUCCCGCCCUUGCCGCUACGUGACAAACGGUACGUCGGUAUAAACAAAUGGAGCACACUCAAUGUUGGACAACCAAAACUUACGGUUUGUUGAAAACAGUUAAGUCGAUCGCCCGCAAGUGAACACGUUCAUAUACUUUUUCCUACGUCUAUAUGAAUGUAUUUCCAAGUCAGCUAAAUUAUAUUCACAUCUCUUAUUUUUCGAUUCAAGAAAACGCCAACAAAUGGCGUUAAUUCGCAUUUAUUAAGCAAAGAGAAACUCCGUGUUAGUUCAUACUCGUGAGCAGGAAAGUAACUAGUGGAGGUAGCUAGGUAGGCUAAUGUUUAGCUUUAAUCAGAGGAGGUGCGCACUUUUCCGCAACAGUUCAGAUGGCUGUACGCUGGCUUUGCAGGUAAGGACGAAAUUAUAAAAGCGACGGAGUGGUGUUGAUUUAUUAAGACCCAGAAAACUGAAGUUAUUUGGCCAAGGUGGGGCAGAGUCAGGUGAUCAACGGUAGCCUAGCUUAAAUAGAGACAAUGGCAUUCACAGAGCAGUGUACGUGGAAAGCUGAGUCCUGUUACUGCUUUGCCGGAUCCAAAACGUCCACUUAAAUCGUCUGUAAGGUUCAGUAUUGUUUAAAUUUAUAAACUAAGUUGUUUUAAAACGAAGACUUUGCGGAGGAAGCCCCCUCGGAUCGUCUGUGGGAGGGGCGACACCAGCCCGACCGCAGUCAGUCAGUAGUCAGUCAGUCGGGCGGUUGGUGUUGAAGCUGACCGGAGCAGCAUCGCCACCUCCAUCGAGCUGCCCCCCCUGAAUUUUGGGAUUAUCCAUCUGUGGAUGCCACCGUCCUCCACGAACCGCCCUGCUGUGGCUGAUGGAAACAGACAUCCGUAAAAAUGUGCGCGAAUGUGUUCGGAGUUUUGAAAAGCCUGUUUGGGAAGCCCUUUGAUGGUGGGAAAAGGAUGGACCAUGGCGGUCCACAGCAGCAGCAACACCAUCCAAUGGAGCAGCAGCAUCAGCCGUACAAUCCGCAGCACCCUGCGAUGAUGCGGCUGUAUGAGGUCCAGAAGGAGGUGGCGUCUCUGGGGCCUCAGGUCUGCACCUUCAGCGGCCUGCAGAACGACCGCGACUACAAGCGACUGGAGAGAGAGCUGACCCGGCUGCUGCUGGAGGUGGACCAGGUAGACACGGAGGGUAAACCGGAGCUGCAGGGGGCACGAAAGAGGGCAGCGCAGGAGGUGGAGGGCCUCCUGCGGUACCUGGAGGAGAACGCCACUCAUCCAUCCCGUGUGGCCAUUGAGCAGCUGAGCAACGAGGCACGGCAGCUGGUGGACGAACGCGUGGUGGCGCCUCAACGUGCCGGCGGGGUGGCGGAAAUAAACGACGAGCUGGUGGACGCCCUGCAGGAGAUCGUGCUGAGGCUCACCCAGGUCAAGACCGAAGGCAGGGUGCCGCUGCGCAAAGCACGUUACCGGGCGCUCACACGCUUGUGUGCAGUACAGGACGUGAUCGAGGGGCGCACGCAGCAACAGACCCUCUCCCUGCCGCUGUCCGGAGACACCCAUGAGGCCGUGCACUGCAUCAACCAGGUGAUGGUGAAGGUGAGCGUGGCCCGCAGUCAACUGGUGGCCCUGCUAAUGGGCCUGAGCGGGAGGGACAGCUGCGCCCACCUGUCACGCAUCCUGACGGAGAUGCAGGUAGAGCUGGACGCGCUGGAUGUUUCCGGGAACGCAGCGAUCAGAAAUUACAGGAAACAGGUUGUGGAGGAGAUAAACGGGCUGCUGAAACAUCUGGACCUGGAGGGGGAGGGAGACGACACGCGCAGGUAUGAUUUGGCACAAAACAACUCCAUACGUGAGAUCGAGGCUGUGCGAGCUCACGUGUCGCACCUGCGAGAGGGCAUCCUGCGGCACUGCGCCAUGGGCGACCUCGGCUUCAGACCCAAAGCUGAGCUGCAAGGCAUGCUCACGCACCUGGACCAGGUGGACACGGCCAAGAACCCGUGCAUCAGAGAGGCUCGCCGCCGCGCCGUGGUGGAGGUCCAAGCUGUGAUCACCUUCCUGGACCUCCGUGAGGCCCUUGCACGCCGCCAGCCAGGCCCCAACGAGCACCCGUCACACCGGGCCGUGUGGCUGGUCCUAGGGAGCCUCUCGGACCUCCAGGCCCAGGUGCUGGGCUUUGACGGCAAGCGGGUCGACAAGAGCUACAUGAUGCUGGAGGAGCUACUGACCAAGCAGCUGUUGGCGCUGGACGCCGUGGACCCGCUGGGCGACGAGACGACCAAGGUGGCGCGGAAGCAGGCGGUGAAGUUCGCCCAGAACAUUCUCAACUACCUGGACAUGAAGACAGACGAGUGGGAGUAUUGAUUCAAUAAAAAACACAGUGUGGGAGACGUGGGCUGGGACGUCGCUGCAGGAAGGAGAGGAGCUGAUAAUGUGUGUAAAUAAAUAAAAAAAACGGUACGUUAUCAUUCCACGGGCUGUAAAUAUUGACUCAAAUCCCCAGAAUGCACUGCAGCAGCGCUUUUCUUUGGUCUCUUUGUGGUAGUCGUGGCUGACCCCGCUGAGAAGUCAACAACACAGAACUCCUUUUGUGAAACACACUUUGAAAAACAAAUUUUUUUUGUGCUUUUUGAAGAUUUUCUUUUUAAAAUCUCCAAUAUAUAUGUGUGUGCGCGUGCGUGAGUGUGUGUGCGCGUGCGUGAGUGUGUGUGUGUGAGAGUUGUCGUCGUUGCUGUCGUAUUUGAUGUGUGUGGUUGUUGAAGCCUGCUGCCAAAGCACUAAAUAAUGCCUGUUAACAGUGGUCGUAUCCUUCAGACUGAGCUUGAUAUCGAUAAAUUACUCGAGUGUGGUGAUUGUUUCGCGGUGGCUUCCCCGUCUGGCCUGAUUAAUUGGAGUGUUCGUUGCUAAUGGAGACAGCCAAUGCAUGUUUUAAAUACAGUGACCUAAUUAGAGAGAGUCCACUGAUACCGUGAGGAGCAGGGCUGGGUCCAGAUUGUGAUACCUGUUGGAUCUGUCUCUGGUUUUAGAUGCCGAAAUGUCAAAAAGUAUGAAAAAAAUGAAAUGUCACAUAACUGGAGCAUUUUCCUUUAUUUUGCUGCAGUUUGUGUAGAAAUCAAAUUUGAUCGGAUUCUAUUCGGCAAAGCAGAUGCUGCAAACAAAUGUCAAAUGGAGAAUUCAUUGAAUCUGCAAUGAAAUGUGCUUUUAUACAAUUGCGAAAGAUUUUUUGGAAGCAAUAUCUGAGGUGAAACAUCAGAAACAAACAUCAGCUGGUACUGAAGCCAGACAAUCUGUGUUUAAACAGAGGGAGGACAGUGGGAGUCUGCAUUAUUGAUGUAAGGUCAUCCUCCACUCCUGCGUGACCCUGUUUAUCCCCUCAGCAUUUGGUCCGUGUCUCUGGUAGCGCUCCAAUCCACACGGCUGUGGCAAACUCCCCAAAAUCCUGCAGACCACAGCUGUCGUGGGCAAACGGUCAAAACGACAAACGAAUGAAGUCGAGCCUCUGCACAGAAGCAUCGAUUAAGUUAGGAGCUCAAAUCUGUGUCGAGCUGUAAUCUUGCGAAGCAGCCUUCCAGCUGUGAGCAGGAUGUCUAAAAGAUAAAAGUACUUUUCCAUUUGCUUGUGUAGCUGUUAGUCUGUAAUAUGUUUCAGAUGUUUGUUGUGACUUUGUAUGUAGUCUAUAAAUGGAUCAGGUUUGAAUUCAGAGAUGGAGGAGAGGAGGCGAAAUUUUGCUGUUGCUGCUGCUUUUGUUUUUUUUUUGUUUCUACCCACUGCUUUCUCCUGACGGAGGACUGUGAGAGGUCCCUGGGGAGAGGAAGAGGAAAGGGAGGUUGAGGCGGUGAUAUCCACUGAAUUGACACAUCAAGGCUGAAGCUCGCAGGGCCGACAGUCGGGCCCUGUGCGGUAGAGAGCGUUGACGGUGAUCGCAGUCGACAGAGCCUUCUAGAAACUUCUCGGAGC